ACGCCAGUUAUGGUUCGACGGAUGUCGAGCAACAGGUUCCGACAUCGUCGAAAGAUAUACUCCCGAUCUGGCUAGAAACCAAUUUCCUACCCAUAGCAAAUCAGAUAUAAAAGAUUCACGAAUCCCUCAAGUCAUCAAACUCCUCAGUUGACAAGUGCAUUCAGAUCAACCAGCAUCAUGAAGUCCCUCUUCGCUCUCAGCCUCUUCGCCGGCCUUUCGGUCGCUCAAAACGCAGCAUGGGCCCAAUGCGGUGGAAACGGCUGGACUGGCUCAAAGAACUGCGUCUCUGGCUACAAGUGCACCGUCGUCAAUGAGUGGUACAGCCAGUGCAUCCCCGGUACCGCUGAGGAACCUACUACCACCCUCAAGACUACUACUGGUGGUGGUAGCACACCUACUGGUACACCUGGAAAUGGAAAGUUUCUCUGGGUUGGUACUAAUGAGGCUGGUGGUGAGUUUGGUGAGGGCAGUUUGCCUGGAACUUGGGGAAAGCACUUCAUCUUCCCUGAUCCCGCUGCCGUUGAUACCCUCAUCUCUCAGGGCUACAACGCCUUCCGCGUUCAACUCCGCAUGGAACGCACAAACCCUAGCUCCAUGACCGGACCCUUCGACACCGCUUACCUAAAGAACCUCACCACAAUCGUGGACCACAUUACCGGCAAGGGUGCCAACGUCAUUCUCGACCCUCACAACUACGGCCGCUACUUUGACAAGAUCAUCACUUCAACCUCUGACUUCCAGACCUGGUGGAAGAACUUUGCUACCCAGUUCAAGAGCAACAGCAAGGUCAUCUUUGACACUAACAAUGAGUACAACACCAUGGAUCAGACUCUUGUUCUGAACUUGAACCAGGCUGCUAUCAACGGUAUUCGUGCUGCUGGCGCUACCCAGACUAUCUUCGUUGAGGGUAACCAGUGGUCUGGUGCUUGGUCUUGGCCUGAUGUCAACGACAACAUGAAGGCUCUCACCGACCCUCUUGACAAGAUCGUGUACGAAAUGCACCAGUACCUCGACUCUGACAGCUCCGGUACUUCACCUAACUGUGUCUCCACCACCAUUGGAGUCGAGCGCGUCAAGGCUGCUACUGAGUGGUUGAGGAAGAACAAGAAGAUUGGCAUGAUCGGUGAACUUGCCGGCGGUCCUAACGAUACCUGCAAGACUGCUGUCAAGAACAUGCUGGACUAUCUUAAGGAGAACUCUGAUGUUUGGAAGGGUGUUACCUGGUGGGCUGCUGGUCCUUGGUGGGCUGACUACAUGUUCAGCUUUGAGCCUCCCAGCGGUACUGGUUAUCAGUACUACAACUCUCUUCUCAAGACUUAUAUCUAAGGGAGAUACAGAGAGUGAUGAGAGACAGUGGGAGGUAACAGUGUUUGUGUGUUCUUCAGUUGGACUGGGCAGAUAACAAGAGUCUUGGAAAUAUUCCAAAGGUGCCAAUGUGGUUUCCCAUUUAUGGAUGUUCCUGGUAACUUUCAAGCAAUUGAUGAUAUGUAAAAGUUU